AUGGAUCCAUCAAUUUGUGAAGAAGCGUCAUACGGCACUAUAUAUGAUGUGAGUGAUCAUUCUAAUUUCACCGACGUUAAUGUUCCGUCUCUGAGUGAAGAUGACACACCACUUAUGGACAAGGGGGAAGAAUCUGUAGACGUUAUUCAAUUAGAGGAUGAUGCUACGACAAUUAAUCAUGAGUUGCCAGAUCACAUUGGAAUUCCAAUAGAGGAAAUCCCGUACGAAGGAUUGAGAUUUGAUUUGGUGCAGAGGGCACAAGAGUUCUAUUGUAAUUAUGCAAAGAAAGUUGGGUUUGUGACUAGGAUUAGGAAUACCAACUUUGACAAGACGAGGAAGGAAUCAAAGAUACCCAUUAACCAAUCGAUACACUGUAGUCGUGAAGGUUAUCGGGAGUCUCGAGUGAAGGCAGCAACUCGGAUAAAGAGAAUAACAACAGCCGGCUGCAAAUCAAGGAUGUACGUGAUGCUUGAUAGGCAGAAGGAUAAUUGGAUGGUGUCCAAAUUAGAAUUGAAGCACACGCACCUGUAUUUUGCCAAGCAAUCCGUGCAUUACACUGAGUAUAGAAAACUAACCAUGCAUACCAAGUGUGUGAUUCAGAACAAUGAUGAGGCUGACAUAUGGCCCAACAAGACUUAUCUAAGACUGGCGAAUGAGGUUGAUGGGUCAUCGAAGUUGGGUUACUCAGAAAAGGAUGUAAGGAACUACAUAACGAGCAAUCUGCAUUGUGUUGACGAAAACGCAGAUGGGAAGGAAAUGAUUAGCUAUUUCAUGGCAUCCUAUGAAUAUUUUGGAGACGUGGUAUCAUUUGAUACAACGUACUGUAGAAACAAGCAUGGACUUCCGUUUGCAUGUUUUGUUGGUGUCAACCAUCACGGAAAGUUUACUUUGCUCGGAUGUGCUUUGUUGCGAAAUGAGGAAAUUCGUAGCUUUGAGUGGGUCUUUAAACAAUGGUUGAAGUGCAUGGGAACUCCUUCCAAAUACUCGACAUCGAUGGUGGAUAUGGCACAUAAUGAAGAAGAUACCGCAUAA